AUGACCGACUUAGAACAUUAGCAUCAUGAGCAUUAAUUAAAUCGAGAAGUCCCUAAAGGCCCUCAGACCACUAUAAGCCAAGCCUUCAUUAGCCCUCACAUUUUGCUUUAGAGUUCGCACUGUUGCUCCUUCCAGACAAGGGCAUGCACAUUCUACCAGAAGUUGAUGAUGCUAAGUCACUAUGCUGCCGUCAAUAAUUGCUUUCUAAAAUAUUUGAAAAUGGAAAAUUUCUGGUCAUUUGUUGACCAGGAUAGAAACUUGAAGCCAAAGACGCAGCACCUGCAUGCAUUAGGGAGUUGCUAGCAUCAGAGGUAGUACCGAGCUUCCCCUUUCCAGCUUCAAGUUUUUCCUUCCCAUGAGAAAAAGCCAAUCUUGAUGUGAGCCAACCUGUGCUGCUGCUCUCAAAACUUGUCAAAUCCAAGCUGAAUAAUACUCCCAAGCACCUUUUACCCUUCCUUAAGAUACGGUGCGUAAAGCCUUCCGAAUGUAGAAAUUGGGAAAAAGGGCAGCUUUGCCAAGCCAUUUAUAAACCACCAACUUAGAACAAAGUCUCUUAGUUUGGGUAACAGCUAUUUAGCUAAAUCGCAACAGUAAAACUGUAAAAGCAAAAUCUUUAACAGACCUCAGUGAUGGCGUCCUCCUUUACGAUUUAAUGUCUCAAGUGUAACUUUAAUUUAGCCACCCAGAAAUUUUCAUCCCCUCUUUAAUCAAUCAUGAUGUCAGAGAAAACUUUGCUUUACGGCUUGGAAAUCUAAGUAAGCUCAAAAAAUGCUUAAUCCCCUGGCUAAAGCCAAAAAUAUUUGCAUAUAAGCAUUUCUAUAAUAUACUUUAAUGCAAAUUUCGAUUGUUUAAAUCAUUUUUUAAACUCAAAAAUAGAAAUCUAAAUUAUUUUUUUUUAAACUAAAAUUUUUAAAUUUCUUAUCAAAAUUUUCAUAAAUAAAAAUUUUAAUUCCCCAAUGAUUAAUAAAAUUAGAGAGAGAUUUAGAGAAAUAUUACACAGAGGUCCUAGACAUUCCUUAUACCAAACUUGUAGAGCAUAUUGAGAUCUCUGCAAUAGCAAGAAGCGCCGAUAUCCAAAAUCUAAUUAGCUUAAUUGAGUUAGUGAUGGGCGCCAUCCUUAAUUGUGAAGCCAAAGAGACCUAUAUUUCAAGAAUAUUGGAAUUAAAUGAAGCAAUUCAAGCUGAGCUUAUGGUUUUCAUUCACUCCCCCCCCCUUUAAAUUGAAACAAAAUAUAGGUAAAAUUCCUACUUUUUUGGGAAAUUACCCCCCCUUUAAAUUGAAACAAAAUUUUAUUAUGUAUAAUAGAAAAUUUUAUAGGUAAAAAUCAUUAUUUUAUAUGUAAAUACGUUAAUACCCUAUUUAAUAUGCUUCAAACAUAUAAGAUUUAGAAAUUAAACUCUAUUUUGUCCAAUUGUUAUGGGGAGAGUUAGAAGAAUACCAUUGUCUCUUUAAAUUUAUAUAAUUAUUUUCUAUAAAAUUUUAUCUCUGAAAACAAUUUUAUAUAUAAAUUUUUUUAUAAAAAAAUUUUCUUAACCCCCCUUUAAAUUGAAACAAAAAUUUUUUGUUUCAAUUUAAGGGGGGGGGAGUCAGAGGAUUUUAAAUAAAUUGCAAGACCCAAAAGAAUUAUCAGAAGAUAAAAGUACUUCGCAAUUAAGACAAGAAAACAGGUCUUUGUAUUUACAGCUGGAUGAAUUGAGAAACAGCUUAAACGAAAUAGUGCAGAUUCAAACUGAGCUAAUUAAAGAAAGAGAUGAAGGACUAGAAAAGAUAAAGGUGUUAGAAGAUGAGGUGGAAAGAAAAGUUAAUAGAAGAUCACAAAAUGCUGAUAUGGCUAGGAUUUAUUUUUUGAAUAUUUUUUUAUAAAAAAUAUUUUAAUUAAAAAAUAUAGUACUAUGAUAUGAGCCUUAUGCAGCUUGAAAAUCAAUUAAACUUAAAAGAUGGGAUCAUUCAAGACUUAAAAAGCCAAAUCAAUGAAAUUAAAAAAGACAGCCUAAGAGAGGCUUCUUCUUUAAGAGACGAACUUGAUGUAGCUCAUGAAAAAAUUAUGCAGCUCACCAAAGUUGAAGCUACCCUUGAGCAAUACAAAAAGCGCCUUGAAGACGUCAACACUUACAAAAAGAAAAUAAAAGACCUGGAAGACGAAAAAGAAGCUCUUGAAAAAUCUUUAAAUAAUUAUGAAAACGAGGAAUUCGGAGCACAAGAUAUGAAACAAGCCUUAGACUACUAUAAAGAGCAAUAUCAAAUUGAAAAAGAAAGAUCAGCCAGCUUAUCAUUAUCAGUAGAAGAAAAAGAAAGAACUAUUAAGGAUUUAAGAAAAUCCAAAAAUGAUAUUGAUGAGCGAAAGCAACGUGUAGAAAAUGAAUUAAAAGACUUAAAGCAAGAAGUCGAAGUCCUCAAAUCAGGGGUCGAAACUGCAAGGUCAGAAGACGGUUUUUCAUUGCAAAGGUCUAUACAGCUUGAGCUAGAAGAGCAAGUCAAAAGACUUCAAGCCGAAAAUAAGCUUCUGCGAGGCCAAUCAUCCAAUAAAAGUAUUAUUCAAGAAAUGAAUGACCAAAUGGACUCUGUUUUAAUUUCUAAAAAAAUCGUAGAAGAAAAUCUAGCAAAUGAAAAGAAAAAUACCAAAGAUAUUCAAAAUAAAUAUGAUAGUUUAGAAAAAGAUUUCAAUGAACUUUCCAGCAAGUUUUCUGAUCUACAGCAAGAUUUAAGCGAUUCUCAUGAGGCUAAUGAAAAUUUAAAAUAUAAAAUUCAGCAGCUAGAAAAAGAAAAAGCAAAUUUAGAGCAUGUGCAAGCUGAUUAUGAUAGGAUAAAAGGGGAAAGAGAUUCUCAUAUACAAGAAAUGAAAAAUUUAUUUAUCCCUUUUUAUUAAUUAGGGAGUAAAUUUUUUUGCACGCAAGUUAAUGAAGUUUUUAUUAAUGUUAUAUAAAAUUUUAUAUAAAAAAUUGAAAAUUUCAGAUUUGUAUGGAUAUCUAAUUUAAUUUAUAUAAACGAAAGCAUUCUAAAUUCAAUUAUUAUAGACACUAGAAAAAAAUUUAUAUUUAAAACAAUUUUUUUUACAUUAGCAAAGGGGAGUUAGAGAAAAAGAUGAAAUUACCCAGAAGCUACUAGAAAGCAAAGAAGAUAUUCAUAAGCUAGAAACCGUGAUAGUUCAAAAAGAAACCUUUUUAAAAGCAGCUGAAAUUGACAGAGAAAGAAUCGAAAAUAAGCUAAGAGAAGCUUACGAAAGUGAAAGAAUCGCAUUAAGCCAGCUCGAAGUCUUAAAAAAAAAUAAAGGGGAAUCUGAAGAACAAAAUAUUGACAAAAUAAAAUAUUUGGAAUUUGAAAGAGACAUUAUGAAGCUAAAUUCAGAAAAUACAGCCUUAAAAUUGACAUUAAGAGAAAAAGACGACACUCUUAAAAGCCUACAAAAAGAAAAAAUCAGAGUAGAAACCGACCUCAGAGAGUCUUUGACGUUAAGAGAAGAAACAUUAACCUCAGUUCACCAAGAAGAAAUUAGAAACUUAUCAAAUAUGCUGAACCAAAAAGAAAAUGAAGUGCUUUAUUUGUCGAAGUCUAAAGAAGAAGUUGUAAGCGCGUUUAAUAAAGAGCUGAGACUCAUGAGCAUGGUUUUAUAUGAAGCUGGGAUGCAGAUGAUGCAGACUAAUAGAACUGUUAAAGGAGAUAAAAGCUGGAUUAAUAAAAAAAGGACAAUGAAAAGUUAA